AUGAUUAGCGGCCGGGCAUUGCAUUUUGUUUUCAAAGUGGCCGACAGAACCCUCACGGCCAAGUUCUACAGGGAAAUUCUGGGGAUGAAGGUACUGCGUCACGAAGAAUUUAGUGAAGGUUGUGAGGCAGCUUGCAAUGGACCUUAUGCGAAUAGAUGGAGUAAAACAAUGAUCGGCUAUGGGCCAGAAGAUGACCAUUUUGUUGUGGAACUGACAUACAACUAUGGGAUUACGCAUUAUGAACAGGGCAAUGAUUUUUUGGGGCUAACAAUUCAAUCAAGUGAGAGUUUGAAACGGGCUGCUUCAGCCAACUGGCCAAUCAAAGAAAACAAUGGAUUGAAGUAUGUCGAAGCUCCCGGUGGCUACAAAUUCUACAUUAUUGAUAAACCACAGCCAAUUGAUAGAGAUCCAGUAGUGAAGGUCUCAUUGGCUAGCUCAGAUCUGGCAAAGUCAAUUGCUUACUGGAAUGGUUUGCUGACAUUAAAGAUUUUUGAGAAGACUGACAAGACCGUCACUCUUGGUUUUAGUGAGGACCAAGCUAAGUUGGAACUGGUUGAUAUUGGUGAACCAGUAAACCACGCAAAGGCAUACGGCCGAAUUGCGUUUUCUUGUCCUUUCGACGAGCAACCAAUUAUCAACCAGAAGGUUCAAGAAGUGAAAGGAAAAAUCCUGACUCCACUUAUAUCCCUUGACACUCCAGGAAAAGCUACUGUGAGAGUCAUCAUUUUGGCUGAUCCUGAUGAUCAUGAAAUCUGUUUUGUUGAUGAUGAAAGUUUCCGUCAACUCUCCCAAGUAGACCCAGCCAGUGACGCUGACCUCGAUAAGUUCAUCAAAUCAGACAAGUCGAGGAAAUAA